AGAUUUAGAUUGUGUUAUGAUGUUCUAAAGGUGGCGAAUAUGGCAUCCGAAGAAUGUUCAAAAUAUCAUCAAACUGUUAGGAAACUAAAACCGAUACCGCUACAAGGAGAUAUCUCGGAUGUUCUUACUAACAAGUUUGCCUCCUUGUCCAUUGGUGUUAAGCCGUUAAGCCCUGAAAAUCCUCACCCUUGCAUCAAAACCACCAAAAACAGCAUAAGUCAUCCUGAGAAAAUAUCACCCUCAGAAUUCGUUUCCUUACAAAGGCUACGUUCAAGUGCACUGGCAUGCAGGACAAGCACAACAAUCAAAACCAGCCGAAGCAAUGGCACUUUGUUCGACGACCUGAUAAAUAGUGAUGUUGUUGAGAAAAAUAAGGGAAAAUAUGAAAAUGAAACAACUGUUGGUGAUACUGAGGUCGUUUACUCCGAAAAAGCUAUUGUCAGAAGUACCUCAAGAUCUGCUGUGAAGGAUGAUGGAAAACAUGCGAAAUCUGUGCUGGAAAAAGCAAAAGAACCAUCUUCUGCAAAGUCUGUGGUACUACUCGCUAGGGGACCUGUUCGUAAUUUGCACAGCACUGUCGUUAGUUAUACUCCGUACAUACCAAGAAAUAGCGGUGUCAUAAAUCCACAAAAUUUCGACGGGAACACCAAAAACUAUGACAUAUUGUAUAGCACAUGUCAAUAUGGCUUAGAAGAUUCUACUUUUUCAUCAAUUGGACCUGAUCUUACACAAUUUACAUCUAGCAGUUCGACUCUGGAUCUUGGCUGCGGUCCAUCAGGCAGAUUGCAUCAGAUCUCACCAUGUUUAGAGCGAACUAUUGCAUCUUCGGGAGAUGUGGUGGAUAACACUCAACUUCCUGAAGACCUGUCUGACUUUAUUUUAAAAUAUUCCCAAGAAUAUACGACAACAGUACGAUCACCGGAAAGUGCUAUAUCAACGAGGUCCAGGGAUAGCAGCAUUAGUGAUGGUAACAAUCAGACAAAUUUCGACAGUCCCUUGUAUCGGAUUCUUGUUGAAGAUAAUUGUGUUUCACCACUUUCGGCGAAAAGUGCACCACAGUGUUCCCCAGUGUUACCACGAACAGCUGCACAAAUCCCAGUUAUUUUUGAAGAUAACCAGUUGGGAACAACUGGUUCCAAGAAUUUGUCAGCUUCUGAGUUCAUAAUAACUAAUCAGAGCAGAAGAGAACUGACAACAUCACGUUUAGCAAAAAGUCGCUUACGAGCUCUUAUUAAUGACAAUGAAAUAGUUGAAGCUUGGGCAUGGUCAUGCAAAUGUAUUCAGGAAUUGGAAGGUGCACUGUGCUAUCAGGAUCAAGAUGGCGAUAGCCUUUUGCAUAUCGUGAUUUUACAUAUGGAUCUCCCAAAAAUUUAUGCGCUGGUCGAGCAGAUGUUAAAAGCUGAAGAUGUUUGUACACGGCAAGCUUUCGAUAUACCAAAUGCAGCCUUCGAAACACCUCUCUAUUUGGCUGUACAGAAGAACAGUCUUGAAGUUGUGGCAUAUCUGCUGGAAGUUGGAGCGAAUCCAAAUCAUCAGACAGCAUUGCCAGGACAACAAACAGCUUUGCAUUAUGCUGCGUCAAAUGGAAUGACUGAAAUUGUUGAAAUUCUUUGCGCUAGUGGAAAAGCUGAUGUUAACAUGUCAAAUGGAAUGGGACAAGCGCCUCUUUUAUGUGCUGUUAAGGAGCAUGGUGCAGGCCCGAGAAAGACUCAGCUGUAUGUUGACAACAGUUCAACGAUUCUGUGUCUUCUAAAAUAUGGAGCCAACCCAAUGAACACAGAUUUAUGCGGAAACAAUAUUCUUCAUUAUGCAGUAAACAGUUUGGAUGCUGAUCUUAUUGAGAUGUUCAAGUCGUGUGUGGAUGAGGAAACGAUUGCAAAAUUGGCGAAUAAAGAAAAUAUGUAUGGUGAGACACCACUGGAAAGUUUGUACUGUGAACCGGAACCACACAACGAGAAACUUCGUUCGAAUGUUUUCAUCAGCUUGCUAAGAUGCGGUGCCACUGUUAAGUCUCAUUGAAUUUCAAUUCCACUAUGUCGUAUUGGUGGUGUUAGUGUCACUAGGAAAGAGAAACUAGAUUCUGCGCUGUUCAACCUUCUCCGGUUAUACUUUCAAGUCUACCCGUAUUCCGAA